UCUUCCCCUUUCUCUCCUUUUCCCUUCUCGCCUCUUUUUGCAGAGGUAAAACUAAUAAAUGAAAGAAGACCUGAGAACAGCUAGCUAAUCAUCUCUACAGUUUUUUUUUCUUUCUCCAGAAAACAUGUAUUAUAAUAAUAACAACUAUCAUCAUCGAUCUCUGCAGCUCUCGCUUUCAUUGAACAAUUCAAUGGCUAUUGUUUUUGGAUUUUAGAGAACCUGCUUUUCUGGGUUCCACCCACCACGGAAAAAGGAAGAAAAAGCUGAGGUAGAACAAGAAGUGAAGCACAAGGGAAUAGGAGCAUGGAUUUAAGUUCAUUUCUGACGUCUCUCGGAACUUCAUUCCUAAUAUUUGUGGUGUUGAUGUGGAUAUUCGCAUGUCUUUCGAGCAAACCCGGGAACGAUGUUGUAUACUACCCAAAUCGGAUUCUCAAAGGCUUGGAGCCUUAUGAGGGUGCAAGGACGAGGAGCCCAUUUACUUGGAUUUGGGAGGCUCUGUGUUCCACUGAAGCAGAUAUCAUUUCCAUGUCUGGCAUCGACACGGCCGUUUAUUUUGUCUUCUUGAAUACCGUUUUGGGUAUAUUGGUUUUAUCUGGGCUUGUGCUGCUCCCAGUUCUUCUUCCAGUUGCUGCAACUGAUGAUAGUGUGUCAAAUCAGAGCACCAGCAAUGGGACCUUCAGCAACCUUGACAAAAUAUCCAUGGGAAAUGUUAAAGCAAGAAGUCCAAGGUUGUGGGCAUUCUUUAUAGGCACCUACUGGGUUUCAUUUGUUACAUUUUACAUGUUAUGGAGGGGGUACACACAUGUAUCUGAGCUGAGAGCCACUGCUUUUAUGGCUGCAGACGUGAAAGCAGAGCAAUUUACAAUUCUUGUUAGGGAUAUACCUCCAGUUGAAGGUCAAACUCAUAAAGAACAGGUUGACUCAUUUUUCAAAGCAAUUCAUCCAGAAACAUUUUACAGAUCAAUGGUGGUUACAGACAACGAAGAGGUGGCCACUGAAUGACCUAGGAAAGCGCCAGCAGAGGUUAAAACCUUCACAAAAAUGAUUAUAUAACUCUAUAGCCAUGAGGCAGUGAUUGAUUAAAUGAUCUGUUGUUUUCUGUCCAUUCCACAAAGCACACAUCUUUUAUCUGUGAUCUGCAACCCUCUUCUUAACGGGCCAUCUGCAGCAAGGAAUUUAUUCAGAACUGCUGUUCACAUCAAGAAAGUCACCUUAAAGGGGAUAUAACAAAUCUGAAUCUGCUAGUGUGGACCAAGGGCAUAAGCUGGGUUUGCUGUUUGCCUUGGAAUUUGAGAAGACAUAAGAUCCUUCCACUCCAUUGUGUUAACAAAAUAUGGGAAGAACUGGAAGGAUACAAAAAGAAGCUCGCCCAAGCAGAAGCCGUAUUUGCAAAAUCAAAAACAACAAGCCAACCGGAAGGAAAAAGACCUACAAACAGAGUUGGCUUCCUUGGUCUCAUAGGACGAAAAGUAGACACAAUAAAUUACUGCAAUGAGAAGAUAAAAAAACUUACCCCAAAACUAGAGGCUGAACAGAAGCUGACCAUCAGAGAGAAACAGCUAUCUGCUGCCUUUGUCUUCUUUAAUAACAGGUUGGCUGCAGCUUCUGCAGCUCAGUCACUUCAUGCCCAGAUGCUUGACACGUGGACUGUGAUAGAAGCCCCUGAACCCCGCCAAGUAAUAUGGAGUAAUCUUAAAAUGAAGUUCUAUUACAGGCAGAUACGGCGGUAUAUGGUUUAUGUUGUAGUGGCAUUGACCAUAUUCUUCUACAUGUUCCCAAUUGGUUUCAUCUCUGCAUUCACAACUGUGAAGAAUCUGGAGAAGCUCCUGCCAUUUAUGAAGCCAAUUGUGCAUCAACAAGUGGUUAAGACAAUUUUGGAAGCUUAUCUGCCUAAUAUUGCACUUAUUGUAUUCUUGGCAUUGCUGCCAAAUUUUCUUAUGAUUCUAUCCAAGGCUGAGGGGAUCCCUUCUGAAAGUCAUGCCGUGAGAGCUGCCUCGGGAAAGUAUUUCUGUUUCACUGUCUUAAAUGUAUUUAUUGGAGUUACAGUUGGUGGCACCUUGUUUAGUGCAUCUGAGACCCUUGAGAAGGAUCCCAACAGUAUUGCCAAUAUGCUUGGAGUUGGCCUACCUAGAAAUGCAACCUUCUUUCUGACCUUUGUGGCUUUGAAGUUCUUUGUGGGCUAUGGGCUUGAGCUGUCCCGGUUAGUUCCUCUGAUAAUCUACUACCUUAAGAGAAAGUUUCUCUGUAAAACUGAAGCAGAAUUCAAAGAGGCUUGGGCUCCUGGAGAUCUUGGUUAUGCAACAAGGGUUCCCAAUGAUAUGCUUAUCAUAACGAUCGUCAUCUGCUACUCUGUAAUAACUCCUAUCAUCAUUCCCUUUGGCAUGGCGUACUUCAGCCUUGGAUGGCUUAUUGUUAGGAAUCAGGCUCUCAAAGUUUAUGUUCCAUCAUAUGAGAGCUAUGGACGGAUGUGGCCCCACAUGCAUUCACGUAUUCUUGCAGCUCUGAUUGUGUACCAAAUUACCAUGCUUGGUUACUUUGGAGUGAAGAUAUUCCCGUUCACACCUCUUCUGAUACCCCUUCCUGUACUGUCCUUAGUCUUUGCUUUUGUCUGCUCAAAGAAAUUCUACAAAUCCUUCCGCUACACACCUUUAGAAGUUGCCUGUCUGGAAUUAAAGGAGAUGCCAAACAUGGAGACUAUCUUCAGGGAAUAUAUACCACCUUGUUUGAGAUCAGAUAAAUUCGAGAUUGAUGAGCACUUCGAAGAUGCCCGUUCAUCUCAAGAUUUUAGAACAAUAUCAUUUGUUUAAUUUAAACAUUUUGCAACUUUUAUAGUUGUAUUUGGCCCACAUUAUGUAUUAUUUGACAUCUUAUAGCAUGGAAGCCCCUCUAACACUCAGAUUGUUAAUAUUCUGCUCUCAGAACCAUCUGUUUUAGGUAAAUUUGAUUGUGAAGAAUUUUUAUUUAAUUUUGUUUUUCACCAGUUCCAAUGUGAAAGAUGUCGGUA